CUACGUUACAGCAUCUUCCUGUGGCAACCUAACACGCAAGGGGUCAUACGUUCGACGAAAUUUACUUUUUAAACAAUCACAAAAAGGCCUACUCUACCUAGAUCUUGAUCUAAGGGUAAUUUAGUCAUUGUUCUUUAAAUGUCUCACUCGAUUCUUGGACGGUGUAAGAAUCCGCUGUCCUUGGAAGAGAACGAGAAACUAAUCGAGCUGGUCAGACAGAACCAUGCGCUGUACGACGCGACGUGCCAUGAGCAUAAGGACGUGCAGUUUAUCCAGGGUAUCUGGUCGGGCAUUGCUAUAGAGAUGGGCAGGAGCAAUAUGGACGGGUGUGAGUGGAAGAAAAAAUGGAGGAACCUCAGGGACACGUAUGUCAAGAAGAAGAAAGGUAUCCUGUUGAGUGGGCGAGCGGUCAAGAACUGGCGCUUUAUGGACACUAUGUCUUUUCUGGAACCGUUCAUUGACGACACCGCUAGGUUCCAGUCCGACCCCAGCACACAACCGCUCAUGUCGGAGGACGACUACAGCGACACCGUGUCCAUCAAAGAGGAGGACACGUCCAGCACUUCGGCCAGAAUUGACAUCAUUUGUAGACAGUCGUCGCCGGAGUUGGAGCCCACCCCCCGAUCGACCAAGGCGGAUGUCCACAGGAAAAGGACCCGCUACUCGGCCAACGCUGACCUGAUCUGGAAAGGUCACGAGAGGAAAGACCUGCUGGACCCUGCCGCUGACCCCGACCUUGGCCCCAAGAGCGCCGCGCGCGCGUUCUUCGAGAGCUGCGCCAUGCGGAUGGAGAAGCUUCCCGUACGGUGCCAGUCGUACCUCCAGCUCCAGGUCUCGCAGCUCUUCUUCAACGCCGAGAACCCGGAUGUGCCGCCCGUGGACAUCAUCCCCAUACCCCACUUUCCUGACACAGACAUGAUUCAGGAAUAGACGCGGCUCACGUUUAGCUAAAGAAUGUAAAGACGCUGUAACGAUAAAAUCGCCUUAAAUUAUAAAUUCA